GCCAAAAGUUGCUUCAAUAGAAACUUAAAUGAAAUUUAUAUUCAAUUGUCACUUAGAGCUUUUGAACUUCUUCUAAGAAUUUAUUGAGACUAGAAUGCUAUAACAUCUUUAAUAUGGCUAGUUUAUGUGAAGAAGAGGCCCGUCUGCUGAACGAUUCAAAGUAUCGCUCAUAUGUGGCAGUCACUGAUAAAGUGCUGAAGGCAUUUGAAAAUACAAGUGAAUGGGCUGACUUAAUCUCUACUCUGGCAAAACUCAAUAAAGUGCUAGUGUCACAUAGCAAGUAUCCUGUAGUACCGCGCCGAGUCAUCAUCAGCAAGCGGCUGGCUCAGUGCAUGCAUCCAGCUUUGCCCUCUGGAGUCCACCUCAAGGCCCUUGAGACUUAUGACAUCAUCUUCAAGAACAUUGGCACCAGGAGGCUGGGCCAGGAACUCUUCAUCUAUAGUGCAGGACUGUUCCCACUGUUUGUAUUUGCCGCCAUGAGUGUGAGGUCAGCACUGCUCACCAUCUAUGAGACACACUUUGUGCCACUUGGCCAGCGGCUGCGACCUGGUCUCAAUGGCUUCCUCUCCGGUGUCCUGCCGGGCCUUGAGGAAGGCUCAGAUCACCUUGAAAGGACUAGUCGACUGCUGCAGCUCAUUGCCGAGGGGGUUGGCCAUGCUGAAUUUUUCGGCAGCUUGUGGGAAUGCAUUGCAGGAAAUGGCAGCAGCCGUCUACCAGCUCUGAACCACAUCGUCAGCUGCUACAAUAAGAAACUAUCAACAGAAGACCAGCUCCACAUCCUUGGUACCAACCUUGACACGAUGGUGUCAGGAUUAUGCAGCUGCCUGGUGAGUGGCACGGUGCUGGUGCAGAGAGCAGCGUUGGACCUGGCGCUCGUAGCUCUGCCCCUACACAACAGCCGCCUGCUGCUGCCCCACGACAGCGUGAGACUUGUGUCUGCCGCCCUCCUGGCGCUGCUACGACGCGACACAUCCCUCAACAGGAGGCUGUUCUCAUGGCUGCUGGGGGAGGAGCAGCAGCAGCACGACGGCGCAGCGCCGCGUCUGGAAUUACCGAACGGCAGGACGUCGCACAACGACUCGUACUUCACCACCUUCUCCAAGCCCCUCCUCACAGAGGGUAUCCUGUGCUGCUUCAGGGAGAGCAAGGGGCGCGUGCCCCCCGACUUGCGACCGUACAAGCUCCUGGUAUGUCUGCUGGACCGUCCGGAGCUGGGCCACGAUCUGCUCGAUAAUGUCCUGCUGGAUCUGCUCAGGUGUUUGUAUCACUCGUGUGAAGCCCUGAAAAAAUCCUCCACAAAACAGCGUGAUUUUGACACGGGAUUCAGCAUGAACUGCGCUGGUAGUUGGUCAGGCAAAGUUCCGCCUUCAGGCGACUACGCUAAUACCAGCAGUAAUGACUGCAGCAAGGCCCUCAGCGAGCUGAACAAGAGUGCAGGGCUGGUGCUGGGGGCAGUACAGCCGUGGUAUCCCUGGCAGCAGCUCCUGAUUCACCUGCAGCAGUGUGAUGGAGUCUCCACGCAUGACCAACACAGCGAUACGGCGUCACAGCUCGUCAAGUGCGUUGGUUGUGGUCGAACAACUUUCUCCGAGCUCUGCACUCUCAUGGAGCACCUCAUGCAAACUCUGCCGCUAGACACGCCCCAGCAAAUGGAGGCCGCCAAGCUGAUGAACGUUCUUUUUGUUGUCACUGAGUUUAUGGCCAAAAGAAUGGAUGUCCUGUCAGCCAAGGAGAUCAACACGGGAGUUACUUUCUGUCAUGAGCUCUUGCAGAAGCUGAUGACUAGCGUAGCUGUGUCGGGCCCAAGCAGCCCUCACAUAGCGUCAGACAACACCUCUUUGUGCGACAGAUCAGGAGCGUCCAGCCGACUUGGCUCAAUUUCCACAUUGGACAAUGAACCGACUUCCUCAGUCUCGGGCGGUCUGGAAGAAAAUAUAAAAGCCUUGCGAGGUGCACCGAACGACGCAAUGGAUCUUCCCGCUCCUCGUUCACUCUUAAAUUACGCUGCAGUAUUCGAGCAAUUUUUCACGGCCUACGUAACGAAAAGAUUGCUUUCUCAUGAAUGCCCAAUAAGCAAGUUUGAAGAUGUGUUGUUGCACGAGCAAGAUCGCUGCAGCUCCAGCGAGGUGAGGGAGCUGCUGCAUGAGUGUCUGGCGUGCUCCCAAGAGACAAGCCAAAAAGAAGUUUCUCCUUCGUCGCAAUUGUCCUCAAGACAGACAGGUUCCCAUAGCAGUCGAGCUUCUAGCCUGGGCCAAGCCGUCCGCUUGACGGAUAAUCACUUGGAGGAGUUGCCAACUUUCGACUACGCUUGCGUGGUGCUCAUAGACCUCUCCUCCAUACCCAUUUCUUCCGAAAAAGCACAUCAAUUGAGCCUCAUGAAUGGCUUGAAAGAAGUUACUCUGGGACUGGGCAUUCCCCGAGGCAAGAGAAUGUUCGACUCGCUCGCCGCCGACAUGAACUCUGAUGCUCCGAGUGAGUCAAGUGAAGUUGCUAACUGCAGUGACGGUGCUGUGCCUGCGUGGCUGGUGGCGUUGUUGGCAUGUGGCUGCUGUGGCGACCAGUGCACUGCCCUGCAGCACUCCGCCCUCGCCACACUCUGCGAGCUGGUGAUGGUGGCGGCGAGCGAGGUGUCGGUGUGGCGCGUACAAUCGCAGCAGACGCAGAGUGCCAUCAACAUUGUGCCGCGGCUGUUGCCUGAGCACGUGCACGUGCUGCACCACAACACCGGCUUCUACCAACACGUUACACUUGCACUCUGGUCGCAGCUGCGGCAACCGCACAAACCUUCCCAAGUGCGCAGCGUCGAGUUGCUGCUAAGACUGCACUCCAUCACCUCCCUAGCCGCCCAGUCUGCCUCUCUACGAAACAACAAGGUGGCGGCCACGCGGCGCCCGUCGUCGCCGUCGCUUGUGGAGCGCGAGUUGUUGGCUGCUCUGAGUGCGUCAUGCCGUGGCUCUGGGGGCGGUCAGGUGGACCAGGUUAGCGCUGCCGUGAGACCUGCCAAGGAAAUGCACCAGCAGGAAGUACGUUCAGGUGUAGAGCUGCAGUAUCAGCACGACGAUGCCAGUGAGAGGUGGCUUACGCUCUGGCAACUGUCCCGACAUUGCUCGUCUGUCUCCUCUGCUCGUGUGGCGCCCCACUCCUUCGAUAGGUGUUUGUUUCUGUUGCUGGAAUGGCUGCGUGCGCCCGGCAGCCGGCAGCGCACGCUGGCCCAGCAGUGGCUGUGCGCAGGUCUCGGCUGCGGUGACGCGGCACGCAUCCUCGACCCUGUGCUGUGCCUGCUGCUUCAUCCGCACACCCGGCGCAUCAGCGUACAGCAUGUUACCGUCACGCCCCUCGGCAGCAACGCGCUGCUGCACACGAGCUGUGAGCGCGGCGCGGACGCUAACAACGAUAGCGCCUCAGAAUCGCUGAUCUACGCCAUCAGUUCGGUGGGCGGUGACGUGAUGUAUCACGUCAGCAAGGACGUGCCAAACUCGUUCCAAAGCAAAAAAUUCUUUUCUCCUUCAGCCAAGCAGAUCCUCGCUCUGACCACUCUGAUGAACGACAAGCUUAUCACGGAGAACGUCCAGAUGCCGGAGUACGAAGUUCCUUAUAUGGGCAGCAGCGAUGACUGCCACAUGUCGGUACUCGUGAACCCGUUCUCCCGUCACCCGUGGCUCGAGAUGGAGGAUAUGGCAGACAUGAACAAGGCCAGCUUGUCUAGUGCAGCCAGCGAGUCUCCAGCUACCGAGCUGCAGGAUGCGGCGGAGACGUCAAUGUGCCAGGAUUUAUCAAACGACGAAGAGCAAACAUCACAGGGAGGUAUAAGCUGUGAAGAAGGCACUCUAAGCGCUAGAGAAAUCGCGGAAAGUGUCUUCAACGAAAUAUUGGAGCGUGUGUUUGUUGAGUGCUCUCUAGAGCCUAUGCCAUCCGAUGAACCCGAAAGCUCGUCAAUUGACAGCAUGGAAGCAGAAGAAGCUGGUGCUGCUCCUGCUCUGGGCGGCGCCAACUGCAAUUUAACCCCGUCGGACAUGACUCUUCACCCUCUGCACUCGCACAUGCUGCUCUACACUCAACUCGUGGACAGCGGCCAGUGCCUCUACGGAUUAACGUUGCUCAAGAAUAUCUUGGAGAGCCAAGCCAAGCUAAGUUUGCUUUCGUUUGCCUCAACAGGCAUCUCUGUGCAGCAGAGCCACUCGGAGCUGCUGGUGCUGAUGGCGCGACACAAGCAGUGUGUCUUAGGCCAAGGAUUUGACAGCGGCAACUCAAGUGAACUUCUGGGUCAGUAUCGCUCAGUGAUGUACCUGCAGGUGCUGAUUACCGUCUGCCUUUACUACAUCAGGUCCUACUACCCGCAACUGCCGCACUUAAGGCUCAACAAUGAGCACCUCCAGGACAACAAGGAGGUUCAGGUUCUUGCUGUUGAAAUUCUUGAGUUGGUUUUUUCGAAUUUGAUCCCGCUUGUUAAUGAGUCUCCGCGAGGUCUGGCGCCUUACGUGCAGGACCUCCUGCACAAGUGUAAGGUUCAGAAGUGUGUGCUGUACUGUCUUCUUGCCACCGUGCAUGCCAUGCGCCUUCCUAGCAGUGUCAUCAACAAUAAGACCAGCCGUGCGCACGAGGCCAAAACCUUCACGCAGGAACUCCUCGACUACAACUACAAGAGCAACAACGAACUGUCCGCGUCUGCGCAUGAAACUUAUCUGCUCAAUAUCAUGAACCUAACAUUGUCCCUCAUUAAGCUAGAGGACGUCUUGAAAGCCGCAAAGGUUGACCCCAUGCCAAAAAAAGAAACUUCAUCAUCCAGGUCCCAAUCAUUUGCGCAAUACCAGCCAGGCCAACCCAUACCUACACAGGCGAUGUUCUUAAGAGUUGUGUUUUCUGCGCUCGGACAGAAACACACGCGACACUUACACUCGGCUUGGCUGCGGCUGUUUACCUCUACGCUGCCCUACAUGGGCAACGCGUUACCCAACAACGCUCUACGCACCUCCUCAUUCUUGUGUAUUUUGUUGGAAGAACUGCCGCAGUACUACAGUAAUCCUGCCUCGUCUUCCAUGCGCCCAAUUCCUCCGGAUUAUACACUCACGUUGAUCUCAGCCCUCACGACUAUCGUUCAUUUCUGUCUGCUGGACCAGACUACGCCCACGAUGAUAAGUGGCGCCCCGUAUCUCGGAUCUACGCACAAGCCUUCGAAUUUCGGGUCAUCAAGCAGUUCUACGAGUGCCACUAACGCCCCUGCGAGCUCGCACAGCACGGGCAACAUGCUCUUCAAUAUCCUGAACGUAUUUUCUCCCGUGGCUGACGCCCUUGAAGAUUCCUUAGACGCUGCUGAGGCCGACCCUCUGAACGCAGCGCGUAAGACGCUAUUGUGCCACCUGCCGCGGCUGGUCGCGACGUUGCUGCCGCUGUGGUCGGCCACCACCAGCGAAGUACAGGGCAGCGCACAUUGCGAUAUCGUGAAGCAAUACUAUGAGAUGGAGCUCCAGUGCAUUGCUGGGUCCAGAAGCACCGUCAUGCAGCACAUCAUCAACUUCCUAUCUCCCAUAUGUCACCACCACGCCGCUGACUUUCUCGCUGCUGUCAGCAUCGUUUGGCAGAGUUUGUCGGAUAGCGAGGCUCAUGGAGCUCUGGCAGGACGGAAACAAUCAGCAGGGGAGGCCACUGAGGCGACUUCGCUGGCUAAAGCUGCGAGCUGCCAGUCUCUGAUGCAGACGCCGUCCGAUGCCGACGAAGGGCUUCCUCGUCCUCGCUCUUCCACUGCCCCCAAGAAACGCAACAAAAUCAAGAACCUCUCAUCGAGCAACAGCCUCCAAGAUGUCCACAAAUUCGGGUUAUUUCUGGAUGACGGAGGCGUACAGCGGCGAGGAAGCCACCCCACGGAGCUGGACUUUGUCGUGGAGACUGCCACGAAAGCCAUAGACAUGCCUCACGAAGUCAUGCGAAGGCAUGUCUAUGACGACGAAGGUGAUGACGAAGAAGUUGGUGAUGCGCUGAGCGUGUCGCUUGUGGAUCAGCUGUUGGCGGUGCACCAGGACCGACGGGCGCUGAUGCAGAUGGUGAGCGCCGUGCGUGUGCUGCCCCUGCACCUCUUCCUGGACACCGUGAAGCAGGUCCUGCGGCAACCCCCCGCUCUGCAGGGGUCCUCCCAGAGUGUGGAGGUGGCAGUGCUCGAGGUGCUGCACUGCUUCGCCUGCUGCAGCAGCCCGGAGCAGCUGGGCGCCUCGUGGAAGCCUUUAAUUUCGCUCCUGAAGGAGGCGGUGCUGGCGUUGCCACCGGAGGCUCUGCUGCUCCUGCUGCCCAUACUGAACAACUUCGUGCAAAGGGCGCCACCCAUCACUGAGAAGCGCUUGUUGAAAGAGCUUCAGGACGUAUCCGUGCGUCUGGUGGAGAGCGUGAGCAACAUCGCGGGGUCGUGUCUCGAGGCGACCGCCUGGCUGCGCCGCAGCCUCACCGUCAAGGCGAGGCGGGACGAGACACAAGCGUGGCGUGUAAGCGUGCGGGCGCUGGAGCUGCUGGCGUCAGAGGUGGCCGCUCUACUGGACGUCCUCUACACCAGUGACGAGAAGGAUAAGGUCCUGCCCUUCCUUACCCAGCUCAUGGGGCACGUCACCCCCUACCUCCGUGACCACACGGCAAACAACGCGCGACCAUUCCUGGCGUGCUCGCGUCUGGUGGCGUCUCUGUCAGGUCAUCAGUACACGCUGAAGGCGUGGCGCAAGGAUGUGCUCGAGCUGCUGCUCGACGUCAACGCCUUCAGGAUGUCGCGUGCCGCCCUCUCCUCUUGGAAGACCAUCGUUGACAACCUCUUCACCCACGAUAAGACCAUCUUCAAGGAACUCAUUGUGCGCGUGACGCCGUCGCAGGGCGGCAGCCUGCACCUCUUCACCAGUAGGGAGGCGGAGUACGCGAGCCGCGCUGUCCUUCUCAAGCGCCUCGCCUUCACCAUCUUCUGCUCAGAGCCUGACCAGUACAGCAAGUUCUUCCCUGACAUUCAAGAACGUGUGACUGAAGUGUCGCGGCUGGGGGAGAUGGUGCCAGUGUUGGUGGGGGCGGUGCUGGGGCUGGUGGGUGUGCUGGUGGUCAGGAUGGCCCCCAGGGCGAUGGUGUCGCUCUGGCCUGUCAUCAUCACGGAAAUGGUGCAGGUGUUCCAGGUGAUGGAGCAACAGCUCCAGCUCAACAACCACACCAAUUCUGCGCAACAAGGGAAGCGGUUGCCAGCUAUGGACGGACGCUGUAACAACCUACACCAGCCGGCGUGGCUGUCCCUCUACCUGGCCGCCUGCAAGCUACUGGACCUCCUGCUUGCUCUUCCUGUCUCCCUCCUGCCUCAGUUCCAAAUGUAUCGCUGGGCAUUCGUGGGCACGAGCGAGGGCAGCGCAGGUAGCUGCGGUGACGUGGCCGUAACCGCCGCCCCGGCGCCGCUCGACGGCCCCAACGCCGGCGCUGACUUCGUGCCUCACGUACGCCGCAUCGCCCGCCUCAUGGCGCUCAGACGCCAGAGCGAGGCGGGCAGUGAGCAGCGCAGCGCCCCAGUGAGCCUGGACGUGCGGUCGGGCCACCUCCUGCUGGGGAGCGUCGCGUCCAUAGCCUCCUUGCAAGACCUCGAGCCUUUCUUCCAGCGCCUCGCCAACAGCGCCUGCGAGCUGCACUGCUUUUCUACCCACAGCUCAUCGUAUGGCGCGACUCAGACUCAGGGUCUGGAUCACAUCGAGCGCCAACUCGAGGCGAGCUUUGUCGAGCCUUUGUUGGAAAAUUUAUGAACCGCGGCUGACGCUCCCGACACUCGCCUGGCUGUGACACGUGCACUCAUUACCCUCUGAGUCACCUCUUGUAACUGUUGUGUUAUUCUUCCCUGUUUGAGUGGAACAUUCAUCUUGUGACCUCUCGACACUCGCCUGACUAUCAUCCGUGCUCGUGUACUUCAUGUGUCGCCAUCUGUAUUUCGGUGUUUUUUUUAACUUUGAGUGAAGCAUUGGUUUUUUAACUCGAUUGUUAGCAGUGAUCUGCUGCUGACGCCGCGAGUCUAACACUGAAAUUUUUCCCCAUCAUAACAUUCCCGCUAAUUUAAUGUGGACAGCGUUUAAAAUUGAUGCUGUUGUUCUUAGCUCCCAUCUUCCUUAGCAAACGUGAUUAGUUAGAAAGUUGUAAUGGCAAUUUCUUCUUAAUCAAUUAGUUGAUUUGCCUUACCCUGAAUUUGCGUCCAUGGUUUAUGGGUUCAUGUCCACUUGCUCAUGGAACGGAAAAUCACAGCCUAAAUGAUCUCACCUUUCUGCUGCUAUAUCUGUACCUAUGGACGUUUCCUGCAGAAUAUUUCACACUUAUAUUUUGAAUCUAUAUCUAAAUUCAUUGGUUCUAGUCAUGAAUGAGAUUUCUACGCAUAUAGUUAGGCAUAGUUGUGUUUUUCAAUUCACGGCAAAAAAAUUGAAUAUACUGCUUUGUCGCACGUUAAUAACUCUAACUGUGAGUUUAUUAGUUUAGCCCCUGCGCACGGUUAUCAUCCAAAGUUAAAACUGGAGACAUUUUUUGUUGUCCCUACACAUCAUGGUUUUAUUUUUAGCCCGUCUACGUUUUGUAAGUUAUCACAGAUGUUCACUGGAUUCUAUUACUUUUAUUUCUUUGAAAUAUGAAAACUUGAGCAAUGGUAAUGAAUGUGAAGUGUCUUAGUUGAGACUUGAUACAUUUGCAUUUAUUGUUACCUAAACUUUAAAUUGAUUAUCGAGCUCUUUGCCUCGUCAGUAUCACUACACCGCAUGAAAAGCGGGACAAUUGAGAUCUGUUUUAUUUGUAUUGAUGCUUCAACGGCGAUGAAUGAGUUUACUGUCUUCAUUUGGGUUGCUGUUAAGUGUGUGUGUGACUGGAAACUAGGGCGACGUGUAUUGCUCUGCUGCUGUGAUAUCGGGGCACUUUUAGAAGACAGUUCUAGAGUUAUUUUAUAAUCGCGGAAGUUGUGUUUUUGGCUUUGUAUGCAGAAUCUAUUGUUGUGGGAGUGUUCAUAUUGUUUCGUUUUCUGUAUAUACCUCAUUUAUUCGCUAAGAUCGCCCUUCCUGUUCUUUCAGCUUUGCAGCUAGUGGCCAGGCUCAUUCUUGUUUUCAAUGCAUCUUGAUACUGAAAGCCAAAGACUAUUUCUGUGUACUUUGUCUGGAGUUCAUGGCGUCGAACUAAAGUUCUAAAAGUAAACUAAAUACUUUAUAAUUCCAUGAUCGUUUGAAAACGUGCAUUUUGGGGUAACUCCUGUGUAAAAAAUUUGAGCUUUUGACGACUAAAUACAAAGUUCAAUUUUGUAAUUAACAUGGGGAAAAUCUACAUUCCUGCACCACCAAUCACUCCGGAUACCAUUCUUUUUCUCUUUGUUCUUGCAGGUGACUGCUUACUUGCGUCCCUGAAAACAUCGCAUUAUGUUUGUAUAAUUUAUGUACUCUAGAUUCUACUAGAGCUCUAUGUGCCCAUGCAUGUGCAGAAGCUUUUUAAGGCUUUAAGUAUUGAACCAUGUUGCCACGCAGUCGUUUUUAUGAGAGUCACCGGCGAUUUUUAAUCAAUCAGCUUGUGUAUCAUGGGAGUUUGAGAGCAUAGUUGCCAGAUUGUUGAGAGAUUUUCGCCACGAGCGACAACCCGAGUACGUAGCGGUCCGAUGCAAGAUGGGCUUUAUUUUCACUUUCGUGGUCAGGUGAUGUAUUUUCAUGGUGCCCAUAAUGUCUCUAGUUAGCUGAAUUCAUUGAGCUGUCAGCUAUGUCGAGUUGUAACAUUGGCUACUCUUCCACAGCUAUAAUACUGAAAUAUUAACGCGAUUUUACGUAGCUUAAGUUCUAUCGAUCAAAUAUCGUGUUGGCGUAUUUUAUCUAAAAAUGGGUUCAUUAAAUAGAACACUUGAGCCGAAUAAUAAUCACAACGUUUCAACGAUGAUCUGAUGCGUGGAUUGUACGACGCUUACUUGGGUAGAUGACUAGAGACGUCAUGACGAACGCUUCAUGACUUCUAAAUUAUUGUCAUUCCGAUGAAGUAUUUAAACCAAAUGUGUAGUUGUAAAAAUAAGCUUCUCUAGCCUUCGGUUUUGAUCCGUAUUUGGUGUUGUUUAAGCCACUAUAUAAUAUCGCCAUCGGUUAUCGGUACAAAGUCCUGUCAUCACUUAUACUAAACCGUUAGGCAAGGUUAAUAAAAAUAGCGCAGUUCUAAAUCGGGACUAUAAUUUCCUGAUGCCUCCAUCCCUGGUUCGUGCUUAAAUAAUUGCGUGGAAUUGUAUUUUAUGAUUACUGAACAUACUUUGUAUUUUGAGCAUAUAUAUCAAAACGGGAAGCUCU